UGCGGCGGCGGCGACAUGCGGGCGGCGGGGCUGCGGCUGCUGCUGCUGGCGGCGCUGGCGGCGGCGGGCGGCGGCGCGGCCGAGCCGGGCGGGCUGCCGGCCAAGAGGCUGCGCAUGGCCUACGCCACCGGGCCGCUGCUCAAGUUCCAGAUCUGUGUCUCCUGAGGCUACAGACGGGUGUUUGAGGAGUACAUGCGGGUCAUCAGCCAGCGGUACCCAGACAUCCGGAUCGAAGGGGAGAACUACCUUCCUCAACCAAUAUAUAGGCACAUAGCAUCCUUCCUGUCUGUCUUCAAACUAGUGUUAAUAGGCUUAAUAAUCGUUGGCAAGGAUCCCUUUGCUUUCUUUGGCAUGCAAGCUCCAAGCAUCUGGCAGUGGGGCCAAGAAAAUAAGGUUUAUGCUUGUAUGAUGGUCUUCUUCCUGAGCAACAUGAUUGAGAAUCAAUGUAUGUCAACGGGUGCAUUUGAGAUAACUCUGAAUGAUGUUCCAGUGUGGUCUAAGCUGGAGUCUGGCCACCUCCCUUCCAUGCAGCAGCUUGUACAAAUUCUCGAUAAUGAAAUGAAGCUCAACGUGCACAUGGAGUCAAUGCCCCAUCAUCGGUCAUAGCCCCAUCUAUCAGCACUGAAACUUCUUGCAUUAAGCGGUGGUUCCCAGGGCGGCGUGGCUCGGGCCCAUGAAGGCCUGCGCCGAAGACAGCGAGCUGUUGGUGCAGACCAGAUGCUUCUCUCGCAGCCACGUUCUGCCUCCUGAAAGAAAACUUAAUGGAAGAGCCUUUUCAGUGCUGGCGACCCCGACACUGCACAGUCCCGGAGUGCAAUAAUACUGUAUAGUUUUUUUAAGAUUCCAUUGGGCCAGGCCCUGCCUGGCGAGCCCGGCAUUACUAAUUGUAACUUAUUUUGUACCCGUGUUUCACGCAGUGGCCCUUUCAGUUCAUACCUGUUUGUUCCUCGGGAAAAAAAGAAAACAGUUUGUUUAAUCUGUUGUAUUUUAUAUGAAUUUAUGUUCUUUUUGUAGUUUAAAAUGAAGUUACGGGAGUGUCUGGUGUUGUCCUAAGCUGCUGAGGGAUUGGCAGCUGUCUGUCAGGCAUCUGGGGUGUGGUUAGAGCAGGCUUGUAUAUUUUUCACAGUAUGUGGCAGAGUCAAGCAGUGCGUUAUGUACUAAAUUAUAUAAACAAACUAUCUGCAGAGUAGUUACAUUGCUUUGUGAACUUAGUAACAAUUAAGACCAGCUGCUCUCUCAGUAGUGUUGGCCAGCAGCUCAAGAGGGUUUCCCUUGGCCGCUCUGAGGAGAUGAGGAGCUGGGACUUCUGACAGGCCGGGGAAGCUGAUGGAGACAGUUCGUUGACUGUGUGAACAAAUUGCUUUGAGUCACUGACAGGUAUUCUUGGAACUGCGUUUGAGAAACUCAUAAAAAGCCUGCUUUCCAAAGUCA